AUGUAUUUUGGAAAACUGCAUGUUGCAGUUCUUGAUAAGAAAGAUCUCUCGCAACCCUGUGCUAGAAUAGAGAAGAGUAGCAUUGCGAGAGUCAUGUUGAUGCAAAACAGCCCGGCUAAACGGUGUUGUUUUGUUUUGGGGUAUCCUACUACUGAUCGACGAUGUAUGAUCCGUUGUUUAGACAGACGCCGCCAUUCCUACAACCAAGAGUUAGGAGGUCGACAUUUCCGAGAAGGUCGAGAAGGAGAAAACAACGUGGAUCCUAUCCGCCCAUUUGCUGUCGGUAGUUAUGAUGACGGCGGUUAUUAG